UCACAUGUUGAAGUGCCGAAAUCAAAUUAUCCUCAGCAUUUCUUCCAAAUUCUAAACAAAAAGAACAGUUAUUUUAGACAUGCCUUGCAUAGAAGAUUGGGUCAGUCAUCCUCUAAGUGUGGUCGACGGGAUCGGACAAGAAAGUGGAUCGAAUACGAAGCAUAAAGUUCAAGAAUUUUUUGCUGAUCGAGUCAAAGAUGGCAGCCAUCGUAUUCCCUCGAUCAAUGACAUCCCAAUCGAGAAGCUGAGGCCAAAUAGUCUUGUAAAGUUUCGUUGUAUGGUUCAAGAUAUGUUUGGGCCAGAGUACUUUCUUUCUGAGUACGAAAUUGUGUCAAAAACCAGAGGAGAGACAAAGAUGAGGUCGGGAAUGUACCGUGAUAUGGCAGACUGUCCUCAAGGUCAUGAGGCUAAUUUUGAAUCAGCAAGAAAUGUGACAGCUGAGAAGCAUUCGUACUUCUGUGUGCCUAUACCUGGUGAGACGGAAUGGGCCAAAGAAGGUUUUGCUAGGAAGUCUGCUAACCAUGGAACGAAGGCGCCUCAAACAGGCCAGUCUAACAAGAGAUCCUUGGAAGAGGACGAGGACAUGGAGCAAGAACAAGGUGAUGGUGUUUUGGAAGAAGGUAUUGAAACCAGUCAAGGUGAUGCUCAAAAUAAAAAGUCAAAAGUCGCUAAUGAAAUUGCACAAGAAAGUUCUUCAUCAGCCAUGGUUACGUCACUCAACCAUCCCAUCCCUGGAGAAAAUGGACCCUCCUGCAUUGUACAUGUCUACGAUAAAUGUGAAGACAUCAAACUGAAUGAUAUGGUAGAGUUUAUUGGCAUUGUCUCCAUCCAGCCACAUUUUGCAACUUUUACAGAGGAGAAGUCUGAGGAAUCUAGCCCAAUGGUUCUGACAGCUGACAGCUUCAUGAGUGAGGAAGAGCACGCUGCACAUUAUCCACCAACAUCUCUUGUUCCGCGACUCCACUGUGUCUUCUACCAGCAUCUAAAACACUCCAACCCUAGCAUUCCAUUGGAUGCUGAUGAGAAGACCUCAGAUUCUCUUCUUCCUCAAGUUGCCAGAGCUCGUGGUGACUUAUUAUUCAUGCUUAAGAGCCUUCUCCUUGGAGAUGAAUUGGCUGCAGAGUACUUACUCUUACACUUAGUGUCGUCAGUCUAUACUCGUUGUGGUAUAAUGGCAGUUGGUAAGUUUAGUCUUAACCUCUGUGGCUGCCCAAUGGAGCCUUCGUUUACUAAAAGAAUUAGUGAUACCUUGAAGCAAGUCCUCCCAAAGUGUGUCAAUAUGCAGAUGACUUUGAACAACAUGAACACAUUGAACUUUGUUCCAAAGAAAGAUUAUAAAGCCAACAGAUUGAUAUCUGGGAUCCUUCAGUUGUCGGACAGUACUCAACUAAUCCUGGAUGAAACAGCUCUGGAAGCAGGUCAGCUUAAUACUAAUGGAGUCCAGAAUGUCACUGCUCUAGGAAGCCUAAUAUCUUGGCAAAAGCUUGAAUAUGAUUUUGACUUUUACAAAACUGAUUUCAAGUCAAACAUCCAGGUUCUUGUGCUGUCAGAAGGAAAGUCAAUGCUGCCGUGUGAUUGUCAUAUCAAGAUUGAAACUUCAUCUUCUCAACAAGAAAGCCCAGUCAACAUGUCAGAGGAUUUACUCAACAUGUUUCGCACUUAUAUUGGUUUAGUGAGGUUGUCUAGCUACUCUAUAACCCCUGCUAUGCAGAAAGCUCUCCAGGAAGAUUUUGUUCAGGCUCGGCAAAGAAACCCCUCAACGAUGACAGCUGAUGAUUUUCACAGGCAUCUUCUAGUGGCAAGGUUGAUGGCUGUCAGUUCUGGCAGUUCAACACUGACCCAAGAGUUAUGGGAGAAGGUGAAGAAGUUGGAGGAACUGAGGAAAACAAGACUUCGACUCUCUUCAAAUUCUGCUUAGUCUAUCGUCAAAAAACACAGUUCAAGAGAUUCAGAAACCUUAAGGAAUCGAUUAGGGCAAGUAUUUAAUGGUGAUAAUCUUACCUCUUGUAUAGAAGAACAGGCAGCAGAGAGAGUUGAGAACUCAUUUAAGUUGAACAAGGCAAUUCUUUCUUCAUACCCAUUUCCCUGGUCAUUUUAUAAAAAUUCCAUUCCAAACCUUGAGAAGCCUUACACGUUAAAAAGAGGACUAUUUUCUCAAGUUAUUAAAGCAAAGCAUGACCAGUUUAAAUAUGUAUUACAUGAUUUUGACUUGCACUGUUAAGAUUUUUGGAGAGGGAAGCCUAUACCUAUAUGUAUAGAGUAGACUGUUAUAUUACACAUUAGGGUUGAUAUCCAUAAAAAAUCCGUGAAUAAAAACCAUAUCAGUGAAGUGAUACGAUAUCACUUCACAGUAAACUGGAAACAGUUCCAGAAAAUAUCUAUAAUCCACCAUGGAGGAAAUUCAUUAAAGAACCCCCCUACCCCCCGGAACUUCCAAUUUUCUUUCAUACAAACUCUGUAAUUUUGUUCAUUCUCUGACCCCUCUCCCCUCCAUAAUUUCCAAUUUCCUCCAUGGGUGGGGUAUGAAUAUUUUCUGGAACUACGCAAUAAGCAAAUUAUUGUUCAAGCUCUUAACAUGUGGCAAUCUCUAUUUAUCAAAGACUUAGUCAGCAAUAUUACAGUAUAGAAGACGAAACUGAUAAAGAUUUAUUAUUCAGUAAAAAAAGGGCAGUUGAUUUGUAAAUACUUGUAGUUUAUCCCAAGUAGUGGUCAGACCUGUUGUGUGUAAAGAAAUCAUGUAUGAGUAAAAAAUGUUUUACUGGUA